UUUAAUUUACAAAAAAAGAACAAAUACAGCAAAUACGUUAAAACUAAUACAAUAAAAUAUAUUAAAAUAAAAAUUAUUGCCAGAUGGCUGAAGAGGAAUUACUUGUAAAUACUGGAGGCAGUGAAAACACUUUGAGACACAGGAAAUUUAUCAAACAAGCUCAAGAAACAUUGCAUCAAGCUUCUGAACUAAUUAAAAGAAGAGUUCCUUGUGCAGGAUACCUUUUAUCUCCAAAGCGUUUGUGGUUGAAUACUGUUUCAUCUCCGAAUUGCGAUGUAGUGGUAAUUUUUUCAUCACAAGCCAAGGAAUCGGUGAUUUCAUGGCUUUUAGAUAGAAUUAAGGAGUGUUGUGAAUUAACUGUAAGUGUAAGGCAACAUGUAUCUACUCAGACAACAGCGUUUUAUAUAACUGCCCCAUUUCUUGUUUUAAUAAAGGCAGCAGAAGAAUUUCAUCUUCCAAAACAACUUAAGGCUUCCAAAGGAGGAGGACUAAAGGAAUUUGCAAUUAAAGACUCCCACUGUUUUGAAAACUUUGAAAAUGAUGACCUAUUUUUCACAAGUCAAGAAAAGCAGUGGUUACAACUUAGACUCUUAGAAAGCAUUAGAUGUGAGAAAUCAGACUUAGAAGCAUUUUCUGAAUUAAAUUUAGUAGAGGGACAACCUAUUAUUCCAAGAUGUGUUGUUUCUGGAGUAAUAAUACAGGUUUAUCCAUUACAUGAAAUUAUGGUACUAGAGAAGUUACAAAACAGUUGGGUUCGAGACUUCUUUUCCAGACAGCCAUUAGAUGAUAUUUGUAAUUACUUUGGUGUGAAGAUUGCUAUGUAUUUUGCAUGGUUGGGUCACUACACAACAGCUUUAAGUAUACCUGCCCUUGUAGGAUUUAUUUUUUGGCUUUGCUGUGAUGGUCAACAUCAAAAUUUGGAAGAUAUAGGAUAUGUAAUUUUCUCAAUAUUCAAUAUAGUUUGGGUAACUACAUAUUUACAAGCUUGGAAACGAUAUUCAGCAGAAUUGGCUUUUCGCUGGGGAACACUCGACCAGAGAACUGAUUUACUUGCUGAUGCAAGACCAUUAUUUACAGGUCCACUUCAGCCAAGUCCCGUUACGGGGCGUUUAGAGCCUUGGCAACCAGCUUGGCGAAGACAUGUUUUUCGUUAUUGUGUUACAAUUCCAACAAUAGCCGUAUGUUUGGCAACAGUAUUCUUUGUUAUGACCGUAUCAUUUCAUAUUCAGGAUUGGUGGGAUAGUCACCUUGAAAGCAGAGAAUUUCCUCUUUGGCUAGGCUAUGUGCCUAAAGUAAUGUUGGCUAUAGUUAUAUCACUAAUGGACGAAGCUUAUUUCAAAGUGGCUUUGUGGCUUAACGAUAAAGAAAAUUACCGUCUUGAAACAAAAUACGAAAAUCACCUUAUAGGAAAAGUUGCUGUGUUUCAAUUUGUAAACUCAUUUCUCUCACUCUUCUACAUUGCAUUUUACCUACAAGAUCAGGCUCGAUUGAAAGAGCAACUGGCAGCUCUAUUAAUUUCGCGACAAAUAAUUGGAAAUCUGAAAGAAUCUGCAUGGCCUUAUAUGUUGGAACAUUUACGUUUGGCUAAACUGAGUCUCGAUUUGUGGGGUGUGUUGACCCCAACUGAUCCAAAGUCCCUCCCGGGCGAUAUUAAAAGAGAUUCCAUCUCUUCAACAAAUUCAAAAGACUCUGAUGAACAAGAGAGUUCUUCUGAUACAACGAAAGUUAAAACGAAACGUAGUAUGAGUCAAGCUGAAUUUGAAAGUACUCUGUUUAAGUAUAAUGGCACUUUUGCUGAUCAUUUAGAGAUGACUGUUCAGUUGGGUUACGUUAUACUUUUUUCUUCGGCUUUUCCACCAGCUGCCCUCUGUGCUAUGUUGAAUAAUUUGAUAGAAAUUCGAAGUGAUGCAUUUAAACUAGUUUACGUGUGUCAGAGGCCUUUUGGACAAAGAGUUUCUAACAUUGGAACAUGGCAUAAUUGCAUGGAAUAUAUGAGUAUAAUUGCUGUUCUGGUAAAUUGCGCUCUAAUUGGCCUUUCAGGACAAGUGCAUCGAAUGUUUCCUGAUAUGACAGCGACUCAAACUAUUUUACUAAUAGUCUGCCUUGAACACAUAAUGCUUGGCAUUCGUUUUGCUAUAACUUGUGCAAUACCAGAAAUUCCUGGAUGGCUAGCAACCGAAAUGGCUAAAAUUGAAUGGGCACGAAGGGAAGCCAGUCGAUUAUCGAAUACAAGGACAGCGUCACCUUUUGAUCCCAGCACAAAACGAAUUGGCAGAUUUAUUGUUAAGCCAAAUAGAUCUUCACCAACUACAUCUGCUUCCAAGCAAACGUUCGAUGAAAAAGACAAAUCCGAACAACCUAUGGAACAGAUGAAAAAAGUACCAUCGUUCCUUUCAUCUCUUAACACAUUGCCCCUCACCAGUACUGCAACACCUUCGCCCAGUCGCUCUGUUUCUCAAACUCCUAGUACUCCAGUUGUAACAUCAUCAACAACUUCAACGUCUUCUUCAGUGGUUACUCCUGUUACACCGGCUGGUCAUUCUAACAGUGAAAAUCGGAGAGUCUUAUCAAUCACACCUGACAGUAUACAGCAAAUACCGCCAUUUAAACCGAGAAAGUCUAAAGAAUGGGUUCCACCAGAAGCAUUGGAAGGUAAUAAUAGUUAUCACCUAACGGUUGGCCCUACAGGAGGUGUAGAAUGGGUCCGAAAAUUGAAAGACGAAGUUGACGUACAUAAAAGUAGUGAUUGCAUAGCCAAGGAGGCUUCCAGCUCUGAUUCGGAUUUACUUCGAAGUAGUCCUACGUGGACAGCCAGACCUCGCUCGCCCAGCAGCGGAAAUUCUUCUAAAGCUCAACCGGAACUUGUAGAAAAAGCUUUAGGCGAAAGCAAUCGUAGUAUUUCUAGUCAGGAGGCGGACGAUCAAUUAAAAUCAUCUGCUGAAGAUUUAGCUGCAAAGAAAAAUCGUGUCAGGCAGAGUUUGAUGAAAAGGGCAAGGUCGGUAGCAAUUUUUUCUUUGAAAUUGAAAGAAAGGCGAGCUCGAGAAGCACAAGAAAAGGCCAACAAACCUCCUGUCACCCCUACCACACCUCUUCCAAACAUACAACCCGUUGGAGGCGAAUUAUCUUGCAUUCCAAUAGAAAAGCUUAUUCAGCUGGAAGACGUAAAAAAGCAGCAUCAACGUUUCAGCCAGAGUGGCACAUUAUAAACAAGAAACGGCCAUUUUAUUAUCGUUGUUUUUGCAUAAAAAUAUUAUUACAUGUAUAUGUACACGUACGGUAUUUAGAAUAUAAAGUAUACCUUUUGUAAUAUGGCAUUUAGGUCGUAAGGUUCACGUUCACAUGUUGUUAAAGUUUAUUGUCCAUUUUUAACAGCUUUGCCAUUCAAUUUAGCAAAGUACAAAAAAGUAUAAAAAUACGUACUUAAGACUUGUAAUAAUAGAACGACUGAAUUAUAUGUUGAAUCAUUUUUGUUGGCAGCUUUUGCAUAAUGGAAAUUUAUUUUUGUAUGAAAGAAAACAUGGAAAACAUAAAAAAUAGUUAACUUUAUAACAAACAAAACGAAAUAUUUAUCGACACGUAAUUGAGUAGAAAAUAUAGCUUUUCCUUAUACUUUAUCGAUAACUGUAACUGAAAUUGAAAAUCAUGACUCCUGAUCAAAGACUUAUGUUUUAUGUUGCCGAUAAAUGCUCUACUAUUUUUAGUACAGCAAAACAUUUAAUACAUACAUAAUGAUACCUCAAGAUCAAAUGACUUAAUUUGUUAUAUUGAAAUGAACUUUUUAAAAAAAAGUACUAAAAACAUUCAAAAUUGUAUUGGAAUUUCAAUAAAAUGUUUGCAGAUCUUUAAAGUUUAAGGAAAUACUGUUUAUCAUAAUUGAUAGAUUUACUUAGUCAAGUCAAUUGUAAAAUGGUAUACAUCCCCCUUAGUGUCUCUUUCAUGUUUUUUGGGAACUUCUAAUAGUUUCUCCAAACAAUCUUCCCACGUUAAUUACAAUCAUGUAGUAUCAAAUGUUAAGGAAAAGUAACGUAAUAGGAAAUGCAAUUCAUAAAUAUAGAAUUCAGGGUGAAAUAGAACUCGUCACGGUUAAUUGCUAGUAAUAAAAAAUAAUAAUAACAAGAGCUUUGUAAUCAUCUAAAGUGCAUUUAUACAUAUACACUAUGUUAAGUUUAGAAAAAAAACAAGAAGUUAAAAAUACGUCAUUAAAAGCUUGUUAGCAAUUCAAGACAGAGGUGUUGCAUUUGCGCUUAUUAAAGUGCUUUAAUAUUGAGUUCUAGUUUCCUAAAGCAAUAAGAAAUUAUUUAACAAAAGCAAUACAUACAUCCAAUAAAAACUAUUUAGAUGCA